CUGCAAACCGUACCGGUCGCUUGGGUCGUUGCUGCCGCUGCGACAGCUGACCGCACGAUACGAAUACGCGUACGCGCGGGGCGUAUUGUACAAUCGAUUGACGAUUACUGAUUAGUUUUAGUUUCGGUGCUCUUCGUGUCCGUCGUUGUCACUGUUAACAAACAAAAUUUUGAUAAAAUAUUAAGUCUCUGAAGUUGGAUAUAGCAAGUCCAUCAAGAAUUCAAUUGCCGAAAUGAACAAUCGUAAAUCUAUACCGACUAAAUCGCGUUCCAACGCGAAGAGCAUCGAAUCCAAUUUGGAAGCCGUGCCCAAAAUUGAUAUUGCUGAAAAAGAGAAAAAACCCAGCAUGAAUUUUCGAAUAAUAUGGAGUAAAAUACGUGAUUACUUUGGAAAGGCCGACGAGACUGAAAUUGUUCCUAUCGUAACAGAUGACGCAUCUAUACAGAAAGAAAUUGAAGAAAUAAAAGAUAAUCGUUUUUUUGUUGAACUGCAAAGAGAAUUUAAAAAGAUACCAAAACGUGAGCGCAAGCAAAUUAAAUUGCAAUUUUUAAAGUACAUUCAAGAAGCUCAACCGACAAAAUAUGAGUCUCAUAAAGAUAAAGGUUAUUUUACAGACCUUAUGAGUUGUAUUAAACAAGAAGUAUUGUUAUUUUAAUAAUAAUGAUAGUUCUAUUAACGUUUAAUAAUGAUAUGUGUAUUUUCUUUUCUAAUUAUGAAUAUUAAAAUAUUAUAGCAUUUUUUUUUUAUUAUUAUUUAUUUUAUAGUAAGAUAUUCCUAGCUUGCAUUAUCUGUACCUAGAGAUAUUAGAAAUAAUAGUACAUAUUUUGGCUUGUUAAGUGCGAUAGAUAAGUUAAGUUAACAUUUUAGCUUAAGUGAUAGUAACUAAUAGUAAGAGAAAACAUUAAAACAUUAAAUUAAAAAUUUUAAUAGAUAAUUUUCUUUUUACCAUAGUGCAAUCGUAACUUUUCUUCAGUCUUAAUACUUUUUUGGAAUUGUGUGCUUGUAGGCUGUAGGCAAAAGUUUUGAUAAUAGAAAUUUAAAAAAAAUAUUAUUUAUACUAUUAAUAAAGAAUAUUAUUAAAUACAA